UUCCAAUUAUAAAAUAACAGGCUCUAGCCAUAGUAUCUAUAUUUCCUCGUCCGUAUUUCACCCGUGAUUCCAUACGCGUUUGUAUAAGGGAAAAAUGGAUGUUGAACGACAAGAUCAGGAUGCGAUAUGGCCUCCCGGUACAGUCAAACUCGAAGACUUAAGAGCUGGUACUGAUGGAGAAAUUAUACUGCAACCACGGCCCAGCAGUGACCCUAAUGAUCCAUUGAACUGGCCAAAAUGGAGGAAAUAUCUCAAUUUCGGUCUUUCGUCGUACUACGCUGUUAUGGUCUACGCCCUUAUCGAUGCUGCAACACCAACUUGGAGUCCCAUGAACGAGCAACUUGGUUUCAGUUAUGAUAUUCUCAACGACAGUUACGCCAUUGGAUGUGGGACUUUAGCCAUCGGUGCUUUCCUUCUGAUUCCGUUCGCACUGAAAUUUGGACGCCGGCCGGUCUAUAUCCUGAGCACGGCUGUUCAGUUUGCUAUAUCAAUCUGGUCCGCCAAACUGCAGACUGUGACCGACCUGAUGCUUGUUAAUGUCUUCAGCUGUUUGGUUGGGGCUUUGGCCGAGGUAAUCGUGCAGAUGACAGUCGCCGAUGUUUUCUUCGUGCAUCAACGUGGGCUCAUGAACAGUUUGUACGUCUGGUUCGAGAAUAUAGGCGGUUCACUGGCGCCACUUGCUGCGGGAUAUAUCACAGUAUCGCAAGGAUGGCGCUGGGUUUGGUGGUGGAUAGCUUUGUUCUUCGGCCUUGGUCUCAUUUGCUUCAUCUUUCUCUACGAAGAGAGCAAAUAUACCCUGAGAGCCAUCGAUGGUAUCGCCGUCGAUGAGGUUCAUCGACCGAUCGAUGGAAAUGAGACGAGAGAGAAAGAGCAGACAUUCAAGACGCAGUUAACCACGCAGGCAACGGAGACGGGAACAAAUCAGGAAUUGCAACCCCGGUCUAAUUCUGCUUCGGUCGAUACAACUAUUCCGAUGAAGACGUAUUGGCAGCGUCUUUCUCUCUGGUCUUCGUCCCCGGGGUCUCUACACAGCUUUGUUCGUCACAGCUACCAACCGUUCAUGAUUCUGAUCUCGAUCCCAGCUGUGUUCUACAUGUCUCUCCUCUACGGAGCCAUGUUAGCCGCGUCUACUGUUAUGGUUACGACACUGUCAUCUUGGAUGGCCGCGCCACCGUACAAUUUCAAUGCCGCCCAGAUCGGUCUGAUGAGCCUGCCACCAUGGAUAGGAACGACUCUGGGAUCUCUUGUGUGCGGACCAAUGAGUGAUUGGCUGAUUCUGUUCCUCGCCAAGCGCAAUAAAGGAAUCUACGAGCCUGAGAUGCGGUUAUGGGUCAUCGCCGCAUUUAUACCUUUCGUGCCAGCGGGCCUUUUCAUGUUUGGUAUUGGAUUAAAUAACGGAUCCCCUUGGCCUGUGUUGGCUGUCGGCUAUGCACUCUGUAAUUUCGGUACGACGCCGGCAAGCAGCAUAGCUCUCACAUAUAUUACAGAUGCAUACACAGAGAUAGUAGCAGAUGCGCUCGUUGCGGUGACCUUUACACGCAACCUUCUAUCGACGAUCUUCGUGUUUGUCCUUUUGCCCUGGAUAGCCAAAGUUGGCAUGAAGAAUGUCUAUGUGACAAUAGGUGUUCUUCUCACAGCGGUACUCCUUGGAACCUUUAUCUUUAUACUCUACGGGAAGAUGUUUCGCGUUAAGACGGCACACGUAUAUCGAUACUAUGCAGCAAGACAGUUCGAAUCUCGCAGGAUAUGACGCCGGAAGGGAAUGUAUAGCUCUUAUGUACAGAAGUUAAUCGCAUAGCUGAUGGAUACGAUAUUUCCGAAAUUAAAUUAAAGCACCAAUAUUUCCUUUUCUCUUCCAAUGUCAG